GUCGUGCGGACAGCCUUCAUUCGCGCCAAAAACAAUAGCGACCUAACGUACUACGCGACCCAGGUGACUAUUCUCACAGCAAAUGCAGUCCCCGUAAGAUUCUCCAGCUCGGGAGCUGUCUCUCCUUUUUACCCAUGCCGUACAACGUUCUGAACUCUAUGAGAAACCACAUGUAAUGAUCGAUGCCCUCCAGUUACAAUUACGCUUCUCGCCCGCCCUCGCGAACAAACCAUCCGCCCCUCGCACGAAUCCCUCCCCCGAAUCCCCCCAUAAACCCUUCAACCCCUUCGAGAACCCCGAGAACGGCCCUCUCUUCAUCACCGACCUUCCUCCAUCCCAUAACCUCGUCCUAAACAAGUUCGCCGUUGUCCCUGAACACUUCAUCCUCGCCACGAAGAAGUUCAAACCACAAACCCACCUUCUCGAACCAGAUGACCUCGAAGCGGCAUACGCCUGUAUCAAUGCAUACCACGAGAAAGGUGCCGAGGGGCAACUCUAUGUGUUCUUCAACAGCGGACCGCACUCCGGUGCCAGCCAGCCACACAGGCAUCUACAACUCUUGCCCGUGGCGCGGAUGAAGGAUGGCCUGGAGGACCCGACGGCCUGGGAUGUGCUCGCCAACCGGCUUGUGGGGGGCCGGACAGUUGAAACACCGUUCAGGACAUUUGCCGGCGCCAUCUCGGCCGGGAUGACUGGGGAGGAGCUCCAUGCAAUCUACCUGACACUAUAUCGACAAGCAGUCGAGGCCAUGCGGGACCAUUCUCUCCCAGGAACGGAGAUUAACGAGAGUGUCACGGCGAAGGUGGACGGCGAGCCUGCGCAGAUCAGCUACAACAUGGCCAUGACACGGAAUGCGCUGGUUAUUUGUCCGCGACGAGCCGAGGGCGCUACCAUCGUCUCGAGUAAUGGGGAUCUCGUGGGCACGCUGAGCCUCAACGGGACUGUGCUGGCUGGGACGGCUUUGGUCAAGAGCCAGGCCGAGUGGGAUACUAUUCGGAAUGAUGGCAAUGGGCGGGUCCUUUUGGACGUGUUGGGCAAGAUUGGUCUGCCACUCGAUGCUUAGCGGAAUGUCAGACUCUGACACAGCCACCUCAUGGAUAACAGAUCAAGGACCGAGAGAAGGUGGAUGAAGGAAGACGGGAUGGUGGGUUUUGGCACGUGUUUCUUAUAAGGGCUGGGAGCAACUAUUAAACAUAAAUCCUGCCUUAGACCAGGAGGAUGUAACAUACAUAGAACAGACCUGGAAAAUCGAGAUAGGUGACAUUUAGAGAACCUCAUAACGCUGUAGAGCAAAAGCAUCGAGAAACAAUAUCCCAAGCUGUGGCCGAACUUGCCG